UGCACCAUUGGUCGCAGAGACGCCGUGUAUCUUAGCCUUAUCACACUCCUCUUCUUUUGCGAGAUGGACCAAGUAACUCCAAAACCUCUAGUACUCCGUUCCUCGUUCCCUGAUCUCUCUAAGACACAAAUCUACGAAUACUUCGACUGAGCCUACGAUGCCUCUUUGUGUACUGUGUGAUUGCUCGUUCGGCAGCGAGCAUGCACUUAAACAACAUCAAGAGGAUUCACCCGCGCAUACAGGAACCUACUGUAAACCAUGCAAGCGCACGUUCAGCAGCAACAACGCGCUUAAACAACAUCUACAAGAUUCUCCAGUUCACCAACAACAAUCCCCAGAAGUCACUUCCUCUACAGUCUUGCGGACUUUUAAUCUCAACUCAUCGCGAUCGCCACCCAACGCUCGCGCGCAGCGCAACAAUCGACGAAACUCUCAGACGCCAUUCAGCAACACCUCCACUUCAGACUCAAGCCGCCACCACUCAUCCCCAGCAUCUGAUGAUAGCCCUCGAGUAUUCAUGAUCCCGAUUCGAGAGCCACCCAUCAAACCGCCACAGAGACGCACUGUGCCCGUCCCCAAGCGCAAAGAAGAGACGCGGACCUCCUUCACAUUCCCCAACCUGCACGACAGGAUCGCAGAAGCCGUCUUGCCAGACGUGACCUCGACUUGGUUCCAGAGCAACGACCGCGAGCGGUCCAACAACGAACACCUAACUUGUGUCGUAGGCCGCUUCACGUGUGAUAAUGUAAGAUGCAAAAAGCGGGCGUGGGCGAGUGGCGUGGUGUCCAUUGUGAUAAGAGGGUAUGCUGGCAAUGGAUACAGCGUGGUCGUGUUCAAUCAGCGGUGCAAGUCAUGUGAGAAGCUGGGCACCCUUACCAUAGACGAGACAACCUAUGUCGAGCGGGUUGCGUUCAGGAUCAAGAGGUGGGCCGGCGUAUGGAUGGAGAAUCCGUUACACAAUAAGGCUUCAAAAGGACCGCAUGAACAAGAGCUGUGCGAAGGUUGUAAAAGAGGCACCUGUCUGUAUACAAAUAAGUCAAGAUCGGACCUCGCAGGCUAAGCUUGUGUUCGCACAUACUGCCAUAGAUCAAAGUCUUUGAUAAUGUAAUUCAUUGGUCUCUGCAAACUACGUGUUUCGUGCAAGCGCCAGGGAUUUUGGC